AUGGGAGAGAUAGAAGGAACAUACAGAGUCCUGCAGACUCCCGGCUCUCGUUUGGGUGUCCAGAAGACCACGGGAGUGAGUACCUUGGAGCCGGGACAGAACCUCUCUACUGCAAUGGCAUCAUCGCCUGCCAAAACGCACGAGCGGGACCUGCCGAUCAAAAUAAAGAUGUUGGACAACACGGUGGAAGUACUUGACAUUGAGUCAAAAUACUACGGCCAGACAUUAUUGACAGAAGUUUACAAGCAUCUGAAUUUGAUUGAAUCGGAUUACUUUGGGAUUGAGUUCCAGAACAUCCAGUCAUACUGGAUUUGGCUGGAGCCUAUGAAACCUGUUAUUAAACAAGUACGGAGACCAAAGACUACAAUGCUUCGUCUAGCUGUAAAGUUUUUCCCUCCAGACCCGGGGCAGUUGCAAGAGGAAUAUACUAGGUACCUCUUCGCCUUGCAAAUCAAGAGAGACUUGGCAGAGGAACGACUGACCUGCAGCGACAAUACGGCCGCUCUUCUCGUCUCUCACCUUCUGCAGUCCGAAAUAGGGGAUUUCGAUGAAUCAGAGGAUCGAGAACACCUUAAAACAAACCAGUAUUUGCCAAACCAGGAAAGAAUUGAAGGAAAGAUCCUGGAGUUCCACAGGAGGCAUGUGGGUCAGACUCCCGCUGAAUCAGACUUUCAAGUGCUUGAAAUUGCUCGGAAGCUGGAGAUGUACGGCAUCAGAUUUCACCUUGCGGCUGACCGUGAGGGCACCAAAAUUAAUUUAGCUGUUUCACACAUGGGUGUGCUGGUAUUCCAGGGUAAUACGAAAAUCAAUACCUUCAACUGGUCGAAGGUCCGUAAACUAAGCUUCAAGAGGAAAAGAUUCCUUAUUAAACUCCACCCAGAGGUUUGUGGCCCGUAUCAAGAUACGUUGGAGUUUCUUUUGGGAAGUAGGGAUGAGUGUAAAAACUUCUGGAAAAUCUGCGUUGAAUAUCACACGUUCUUUAGGCUCUUUGAUCAGCCAAAGCCCAAGGCUAAAGCAGUGUUCUUCACCAGAGGGUCAUCUUUCAGAUACAGUGGACGAACACAGAAGCAACUAGUGGAUUAUAUUAAGGACAGCGGGAUGAAGAAAACCCCGUAUGAAAGGAGGCACAGCAAAGCCCGAGCGUCCACUCGCGCUUCCAACACCGACAUGCCAAAACAGAGUGUCCCAUUCACUGAGGGCUUGAGAACCCCAGGGUCUCCUGCCUCAGCAGCUGCCCCCUUCCACUCAGUUCACUCAUCGGCCGCUUCUACUCCUGUCCUGCCCAUCUUUGCAGAAACCAGCCCUUCCUCUUUGGAUCCCCGAGUGCCAUACGCAAGAAUUCCAGAAAAAACCACUGCGGCGCCAGUAGAAGAAGCGGGGAGGAAAGUGAUGCAGCAGCCCGGAUCUCCCAUGCUCCAAGGCCUCCCACUGGACCAUCCUCAGCUCUCUUCCCUCGUGCUGAAGAGUCCCCUGGGCUUGAACCCGGCGUUUCAGGUGAACUUGAACGCAGCCGGCCAGGGUUCAUCUCCUCUUCUGAGUCCUGUCCUCAGUGAUGCUGGCGGUGCCAGGAUAGAAGAGGAUGACGAAAUGAAACGUAAGCGCUAUCCAACUGACAAGGCAUACUUCAUAGCAAAGGAGAUCCUUGCUACAGAACGGACGUAUUUAAAGGACCUGGAAGUUAUUACAGUGUGGUUUCGCAGCGCAGUCAUCAAGGAGAACGCUAUGCCAGAGGGCCUGAUGACAUUACUCUUCUCUAACAUCGACCCGAUUUAUGAGUUUCAUCGAGGCUUUCUGAAAGAGAUUGAGCAAAGGCUAUUGCUCUGGGAAGGAAAAACCAACGCUCACGUGAAAGGAGAUUAUCAACGCAUUGGAGAUGUCAUGCUCAGGAAUAUGCGUACUCUAAAGGAGUUUACCAGUUAUCUGCAGAAGCAUGACGAGGUCCUGACGGAACUGGAGAAAGCGACUAAACGCCUAAAGAAGCUGGAACUGGUUUACAAGGAGUUUGAGCUGCAGAAGGUUUGCUACCUGCCCCUCAACACGUUUCUGCUCAAACCAAUCCAGAGACUGAUGCACUACAAGCUGAUCCUGGGGCGGCUCUGCAAGCACUACACGGCAGAGCACCGGGACUUUGCAGAUUGCCGGAAUGCACUGAAAGAAGUCACUGAAAUGACAUCUCAGCUCCAGCACAGUCUCAUCCGCCUGGAGAAUUUCCAGAAGCUGACGGAGCUGCAGCACGACUUGAUCGGUAUAGAUAAUCUCACGGCGCCUGGUCGGGAGUUUAUCCGGGAGGGUUGCUUGUACAAGCUCACUAAGAAGGGUUUACAGCAGCGGAUGUUCUUUCUGUUCUCAGAUAUGUUACUGUACACAAGCAAAGGAGUUACAGGGACAAAUCAAUUCAAAAUUCACGGACAUCUCCCUCUGCGUGGCAUGUUGCUGAUAGUGCUUGACCCACCGGUGGAGGAGAGUGAGAACGAAUGGGCCGUCCCACACUGCUUCACCAUCUAUUCAGCACAAAAAACCAUAGUGGUGGCAGCAAGUACCCGCCUGGAGAUGGGGAAGUGGAUGGAAGACCUAAACAUGUCAAUUGAAAUGGCCAAGAAAUCAACUGAGAAAUCUGACAUGCUUCUGGAAAACUCAAUAUGCAAUCGCUCCAACAGAUCCUCUGAUGAGGUCUCUCUAGAACAGGAGUCCGAAGAUGACAUACACUCUUCUCGUAGCUCCUUGGACAGGCAGAGCCACCACCGUGCCAACACAACUAUGCACGUGUGCUGGUACCGCAACACGAGCGUCUCCAUGACUGACCACAGUGUGGCUGUCGAGAACCAGCUCUCCGGAUACUUGCUGAGGAAGUUCAAGAACAGCAAUGGCUGGCAGAAACUGUGGGUCGUCUUCACCAACUUCUGCUUGUUCUUCUACAAAACGCACCAGGACGAUUAUCCCUUGGCCAGCCUCCCGCUGCUUGGCUACGCAGUCAGCUCCCCUGUAGAGGCAGACGGCAUUCAGAAGGAUUAUGUCUUCAAGCUGCAGUUCAAGUCCCAUGUGUAUUUCUUCAGGGCUGAGAGCAAAUAUACCUUUGAGAGGUGGAUGGAGGUGAUCAAGAGAGCCACCAGCUCUCCAGCCAGGUCGAGCCUGCUGCUUCCAAAGGACGAGAAGGACAGUCACACAGACUGAAGCGGGGCAGAGCUGGAUCUCUGCCGUAACCAUCGACAAACGAGGCAGGUGGAAAGAGGAGUCUCUGGAGUUGAUAAAGCCAAGAACCAGGAGGCUCAUUUCCACCUGGUAUGGAAAGCGGGAGCAAGGGAGUUGCAG